CUAGAUCAGCUCAGCGAAAAAUUAGCAACAGGGAUUUCUUCGGAAUGAACAUUGUCCACAACUUGCAUUGAGUAACGUAAAGGUUUAGCACUACUCCACACCUGAAAGAUCGUUAUGGCAUCGUCUUUUCAGGUAACACAAGGUGACGAUGGGAGUCACAUAUACAAGGCUCCAAAUCACUGCAGGAAAGCCUUGGAGAUGCUUGCCCAAUGCUGGCGCCAGUACCCGAGCCUCUGUGACGCCAUCAUCAAUGUUCAAGACCUGCAGUUCAAUGCUCAUAGGGCCAUCCUUAUGGCAUGUAGUAAUUUCUUCAGCGAUAUAUACAACGCAUUGCCUUCAGGCAGUCACAAUCCAGAACUGCUAAGGAAGAGUGUCCGCCUAUCUCACCUGGCUCCCGCAUCUUUCCACAUGUUCCUAGAGUUUGCUUACACGGGAAAGCUUGAUCUGAGCAUAAAGACAGUCGAGAUGUGGUUGGAGAUAGGGUUUACACUGAAGGUGCCUAUGGUGAAGGAUGCAGCCUGUACCUUCUUGAAGAGUCAGACCAACACAGAUAACUGCAUGGAUAUCAUUGGUAUUGCUGAGAAAUAUGAUUUGUCAGAGAUAAAACACCAUGCAAAUCGGGCAAUGUGUGAACGCCUCAUUCAACUUUCUCAAUCAUUUCAUGAAGGAAAUCGUUCAGAUGAAGCUGACAUGUGUUCAGACACAGAUGAUAUCAAUGAUGAAGGAGGAGCAGAGGACAUUGAAAAUAUUGAUGAGGAGGAGGAAAAUGAGCAGUCAUCAAGGAUACCCCAAGCCCGACUAGCCAGCAAAGACAAGGCAUCUCCUCGAAAGGUGGAAACCAAAGCUGCCUUGAAAGCAGUUAACCUCAGACCUAGGAAACCUAAGAAAUCGCCAGAACCAAGGGCUCCAUCACAAAGAGUCCUCAAACAACGCGCUUUAAAAGCAAAGCAAAAUCCUAUUGUUACCACUGCAAAGGUGAAGAAGGAGUAUCCUUGCAAAUUCUGUGAUACAAUCUGUAAGAGACAUAGUGAGUUAAAGAGUCACUAUAGGAUCGUCCAUGCAAAGUGCAAAAAAUGUCAGAAGGUGUUCCACAAUGAUGAGGAACUCAAAGAACACCUAGAGGUUCACAGACAGCGUGAGUUGAAUGCCAGGAAAGUGAAGUCUUACAUUUGCCCAUACUGUGGAAAGAAUUGCCAUGUGAACUCGGCAUUGAAAAUUCACAUACGCACACACACUGGGGAGAAACCAUUUAAAUGUGAUAUUUGCGGUGCCCGAUUCAUUCAGUCCAUCAAUUUGAAAAGGCAUAUUCUGUCUUAUCACAAAGAUGGCGAGCCUUAUGCUUGUAGUGUCUGUGGAAAGAAGUUCAGGGUUUUGGUGUACCUGAAAAGCCAUGAAAUAACCCAUAGCAAGGAUCGGCCAUUCCAGUGUGAGGCCUGCGGUGCCAUGUUUAAACGCAAGAGUGACCUACGAAGUCAUAGACGCGUACACAACUCUGAAAAACCAUACGGAUGUAGCAUCUGUCAUACCAAGUUCAAGACUACUAACGAUCUCAAGGCUCACAUGCUUAUUCAUAAUGACCAGAAGCCACAUGUAUGUAAUCAAUGUGGAGCAAGUUUCAAGCGAAGUGGUCACCUCAACAGGCAUGCAAAGAUCCACACCAAAAGCAGACCAUUUGCCUGUGAUCAGUGUGGGGCUCAGUUCAAUCGUAAGGAGAAUCUUCGCAGUCAUCAGCGAAUCCAUACAGGAGAAUAUGCAUAUAGUUGCAAAGUUUGUAACACUAAUUUCAGACACAUCAGCAGUCUCAAGAUCCAUGAAAAGAGUCAUUGGCCGGUAAAGACACCGCAACCACAGAAGGAAGAGACACAGGAAGGUAUACUGAUGCAUCUUCUGACACCACCCAAUAGAACAACCACACCUAUGGUACCAACAGGUGACCAACAAUCAAUUCAAUUCAACACAUCACAACAGGCGACAGCAGCAGCUCCCAUCCAGAUAAGGGUUGCACCUUCCAAUCUACAAGAGCUAACCGGAGGAGUGGCUACUUCAAAUGGCAUCGAUAUCACUCUGGUGAACUUAGCAACGGGUACCUUGAACCAACCGAGACACUCGCCCUCGCCGCCGUCAGAACCAGCUCAGCUACAGCCUGUCUUGCCAUCUCAUCCUAUGAUCCAGCAUCCUAGUCCCAAUCCGGCUGCGUUACUGUCCCUUAACACUACACAAGCCUUGGCCCAGGUCCAAGCAGAAGCCCAGGCUCAGAUCCAAGCUCAGAUCAAUUCACAGACUGUUCCUUUGCAACUGACUACCCAUCAUCAUCAUGGUAAUCAUGGUCAUCACCAUGGACAUCAGCAGACUGCCCAGUCUCUUAUCGCCGGCUCAAUCCCAACAGCUACAGUUCAAGAGACAAAUCAAUUUAUCUUGCAAUGAAGAAGGAAUAAUGUAUUGAUGCGAUCUGAAAUAUCUCUAUGACACAAAAUGUAAUCAAAUAUUUUUUUAAAACUGUAUAUAGACAUUUCUAUCUACUAUACCAAAUUAACACCAUGUACCAUAUUUUAAAUGAACCAAGAAUGACAUUUUUUCUUUGACCACAUCAUGAUUGCCACCACCCGAUUUGACCUAAAAAAAUUGUUCUAUUGUCCUCAUCAUCAUCAUCAUCGCUGUACCGAAGAAGUAGGUAGUCCUGUAGUGCUUCCGAUCAUUCCUUUGAGGUUACUUAAACUGGUCUUUAAAAAUAAAUAAACGUGUGUGGAGGGCGGAUAUUUAUGGAAGAAUUUGGUGCAUGGAAGACCAGUGUUUGUCCAGUCUAGUUUUGCAAAUGUUUAAAGUGGAUGCCGAGAUUACAGAAGAAGGAAGACUGUUCCAGGAGUCGAUCACUCUCUGACCAAUGCUGUUUUUCCUUAGUGAUGAGUUGCUUCUAUAUUUGUACAGCUUCAUGUGAUGACCUCGAGUGCUACUUUGGCCUACGGGUGUAAAGAAGAGAUCUGGAUCAAAGUAUAAUUGGGUUGGUUGGUCGGUUUUAUCUUUUUUUUUUUCAAAUACCUUUUCUGCUGUACUGCACACAGAUAAUCAUGCAUGGGAUGAUUCAUGUAUGUAGUCAAGCAUGUCAAAGCACAUAUGAAAGUGCUUUUUUAAGCAAAUGAAAACUAAUUUGAGCAAAAUCCUUGCCCAAAUCUGACGAUCUCUUUAAAAAAACAUUGCAUCUGCAUAUUUUGGGUCUGCUAAAAAGAAGAGAAGAAAAUAGUAAAUGAUUUUUGCAUUUUAAUUCGGUCGGAUGAGGGCAACAGAACAAUUUUUUAGGCCUCAUAUUGAUGAGAACAUUCAUUUACAGAAACAAAAUGUCUGUAAGUUAUUAUUUACAGAAAAUAUUUAAUGUUCAUUACAUACUUGUAUGUACAUCAUGAAUCAUCCAAUACAAAAGAACCUGUAUUUAUUACUCAGAUUCUUUUCGCUGGAGUGAUAGAACCAAUGAUUGUCAACCUAGUUGGAGCAGCGGCAAAGCCCAUUCUAUGUUUGAAAAAUAAAUGAUUAUUACAGCAAUGGACACUGGCGGACAUACAUGUAAGGUAUUACAUAGUGUAAAAACACAAAU